GCGCCAGGUGAGUUUGACUAUUAGAAUGAGAAAUGAACAAAACUCAACCGAUGUUGAGGUUUAAUUGUAGUUUAGUUUUAAUUUGGUUUUCUCAACAAUUAAUUCGCUUUAUUUGGAGUAGUUUAUCUUGUUAAUUGUUCAUUUAAUCAACAAUGGUCGUCGCUGAUCCAGCUAAUUACUUGGAAUUAGAUAAAUGGAUGAGUCGUUUACCCAAUAAACUACAACACACUCCACUCAAUUUAAUUUCAAUCCCAGGCUCUCAUGAUUCUGGUUCCUAUUCAUUGUCUCAUGGGCGAGGUUUGGCACCAGAUAGAUCUUGGGAUGGACCUUUUACUGCAAUUCAUUUAUUUCCUAAAUUAACUGGUCGCUUUGUGAUUAAAAAAUGGUUUAAAACCCAACGAGUUGACAUCAAAGAGCAACUUAACCAUGGAAUUCGUUAUUUUGACCUUCGAACGGCCUCUGACCCUUUUGACAAUGAGCUAUAUUUUGUCCAUGGUUUAUAUGGAGAUAAAAUACUUACCAUGUUAAGAUCAAUAAGAGAUUUUCUCCAUUCUAAUGAGCGGGAAAUUGUUUUCCUUGAUUUUCAACAUUUCCAUUCGGUAUCACAAGCUCAACAUGUUACCUUGAUUAACAAUCUCAUUCAAUUACUCGGCAAUAAGAUAUGUCCUUAUGUUAAAUAUCGACGACUCGAUGAAUUAACUCUAGCCGAAAUGUGGGCCAAAAGAUAUCAAAUAAUAAUCGUCUAUCGUAAUGAUGACCUUUCUGCCCGAUACAAUGAACUUUGGCCUAGUACCAUGUUACCAAAUCCUUGGGCUAAUACAGCUUUACCUUCAAAGUUGAUCCCCUAUUUAUGGAAUGGCCUUUCUAAUCGUCCGUCUGACACUUUCUUUGUUCAUCAGGCCAUUUUGUCUCCGUCCAAAGCUUUGGUAGUUCGAAACAUUUGUAAUAACCUUUACUCUCGACUCUCCAAAACUGGGAACCAGAAAAUUGAAGAAUGGCUAUUGGAAGUUAAAAAGACCAAUUUUAAACCAAACAUAAUCAUGGCUGAUUUUGUUGAUUAUAAUGAUUAUAUUCUUGCCAAAAGAACAAUUUUAAUUAACUACGAUUACCUUGAUCAACGUUAAUUGUAAUGACAUCAGCUUAUUCUCAUUCAUUUUAUAUUCAUUUCUUGUCAUCUACUUAAAUUCACUGACAUUUUAAUUGUUCAACAAACAAAAACAUAAUCAUGACAAUUGUGUUACAUUUAAUUGUACAAAACAAAACAAAACAAAACAAAUCUAGUGAUUUACAUGUAGUGCUUGAAAUCUAAUUGUUAUCACAAAAAUUGUCUGCGAUAUCACGUAACCCAUUUUAAGCCUUAAACAUCAGCAAUCAAUCUAAUCCGAUGAAAAAAACAACAUAUCUACAAUCAACUAAAUUAAUAAUAUUGUAAUUUUUAUGCUUUGUAUUAUUAUUUAUAUAUUAUUGGCAUUUUAAUUGUUGUAAAAAUUUAAAUUAUCAAAGUUUAUUUUCUUCCCCUUAGCUUAUUAAUAUUGAAACAUUUUUCUUUUGA